GCUCGGGCGGGCAACUAGGGCCGGGAAGAGGGUGCGGGUGCAGGCGGGGGCCCAGCAGGGCCACCUCCUCGCCCCGCGGCUGCCGCUGGAAAAUGUCUCAGGAGAGGCCCACGUUCUACCGGCAGGAGCUGAACAAGACAAUCUGGGAGGUGCCUGAGCGUUAUCAGAACCUGUCCCCGGUGGGCUCCGGUGCCUAUGGCUCUGUGUGUGCUGCUUUUGACACAAAAACUGGGUUACGUGUGGCAGUGAAGAAGCUGUCCAGACCAUUUCAGUCCAUCAUUCAUGCCAAAAGGACCUACAGAGAGCUGUGGUUACUUAAACAUAUGAAACAUGAAAAUGUGAUUGGCUUGUUGGAUGUGUUUACACCUGCAAGAUCUCUGGAGGAAUUCAAUGAUGUGUAUCUGGUGACCCAUCUCAUGGGGGCAGAUCUGAACAACAUAGUGAAGUGUCAGAAACUUACGGAUGACCAUGUUCAGUUCCUUAUCUACCAAAUUCUCCGGGGUCUAAAGUAUAUACAUUCAGCUGACAUAAUUCACAGGGACCUAAAACCUAGUAAUCUAGCUGUGAACGAAGACUGUGAGCUGAAGAUUCUGGAUUUUGGACUUGCUCGACAUACUGAUGAUGAAAUGACAGGCUACGUGGCCACGAGGUGGUACAGGGCUCCUGAGAUCAUGUUGAACUGGAUGCAUUACAACCAGACAGUGGAUAUAUGGUCAGUGGGAUGCAUAAUGGCCGAGCUGUUGACUGGAAGAACAUUGUUUCCUGGUACAGACCAUAUUAACCAGCUUCAGCAGAUUAUGCGUCUGACGGGGACACCCCCUGCUUAUCUCAUUAACAGGAUGCCAAGCCAUGAGGCAAGAAACUAUAUUCAGUCUUUGACCCAGAUGCCGAAGAUGAACUUUGCAAAUGUAUUUAUUGGUGCCAAUCCCCUGGCUGUCGACUUGCUGGAGAAGAUGCUUGUAUUGGACUCAGAUAAGAGAAUCACCGCAGCCCAAGCCCUUGCACAUGCCUACUUUGCUCAGUAUCAUGAUCCUGAUGAUGAACCAGUGGCCGAUCCUUACGAUCAGUCCUUUGAAAGCAGGGACCUCCUUAUAGAUGAGUGGAAAAGCCUGACCUAUGAUGAAGUCAUCAGCUUUGUGCCACCACCCCUUGACCAAGAAGAGAUGGAGUCCUGAGCGCCUGGUUUCUGUUCUGUUGAUCCCACUUCACUGUGAGGGGAAGGCCUUUUCAUGGGAACUCUCCAAAUAUCAUUCAAGUGCC